ACAGUACUCGGGGCACUGUAAUCAUUGUAAUGUAGGCCUUGCUAGAUCUAUAGUCAACUAGUCUAUAGACUAGCUAUGGAUUUACUCAGUAUUUCGUCUGUGACUGCGUUCUAAAUGUUCUUUCAAUCCAAAGAGCUGUGUGCUUUUGCACAUAAUUAUCACCUAACUGUUAAGAUUUGAACUGUAUGAACAAAAAAGAAAAUGAUUAAAAUGUUCAGUAAAAGCAGAUCAUCACGUCAGAAAGACAAAAAUCGCAACGCUUCUAGCUCAUCAUCACUAGAGGCUUCACGUAUAGGCGGAUCUGUGAAUAGAUCACAGGAGCAAAUGAUGUACAGUGAAAAUACUAGUCCAGCUCGAAAUCCAAGUGCAAACUAUUCCAUGGGUUAUGACAAUGGUUCUUUAGAAAGACCACAGAGAAGUAGAGCAAUGUCUGAUGGUUCACCAGCAGAAUUUUCAGUGUCAUCACCUUUGGAUUUUCCUUUAGAACAUUUACAGUCUUUCAAUAUGACGUAUGGUUUGAAUCCUUCACAGAGAACAUUCUUAGAUAGCAGGUCAGUCCCGCGCCAUACUCCACUCAAAAGUUUAAGUCCAACUCAUAGCAGAACUAUGACUAGUAGUCGAGCUAAUGGCCAGCGAGCUUGUAGUACAAGCAGUCUGGGGAAUUCAAUGAGAGACAGAUCCUUGGAUAGGGUGGAGAGGGAGAAUGUGUUUUUGGGCGACUCAGCUUUGGACAAACAUUUUGAACAAAUUCAGUACAAUAUGCAAAUGGAUAAUCAUUUGAAUAGGAACAUCAGAUAUAAUACCACUGGUCGUGAUCGUUCAUUAGACAGAGACUAUCCUCACAUGGGUGCUCGUUCACUAGAGCGAGAUCAUCAUUCAGCCAAUAGGUCUAGAUCCACUGAUAGAGGAGUAGAUUUCAACUAUCCAUCAGCAACUAUGCCCUCAAUACCAUUGUUAUCUCAUUCAUCUAAUAUCCAAUCUGAACAGUCAACUCAUGAAUUUCGAAACUCUUUAGUAUUUGAGAUGCAGGUACAAAUAUCUGAUUUACAUAAAGAGGUGAGCAAGUUACAGAAGGAUUUGGAUCAAACAAGGGAAAAACUUUCUGCAAGCAUGAACUCAAUUAAAACAUUCUGGUCACCAGAGUUGAAAAAAGAAAGAGCAGUCAGAAAAGAGGAGGCAGCAAGGUGCAAUCUGAUGACAGAGCAGUUGAAAGUUAUCCAAGCAGAACUGAAGAAACAAAAAGAAAUUUUGAAAGAACAUGAUGAAUUGUCACACUUGAGAGGAACACAGAAAGGUGAAGGCCUGAGCAGUAAUGGAUCUUUUGUAUCUCAUGAAUUGGCAAAUUUAAAACAAGAAAGAGAUCUCCAGUCUCGUGAGAUGUUGAUACUAAAGAAGACUAUUGAAGAACUGGAGAUCAGAAUAGAUAGCCAGAGACAGACAUUGGAUGCAAGAGAUGAAAGUAUCAAAAAACUAUUAGAGAUGUUACAUAGCAAAGGAAUCAAUGUUACAAAGUUGGAAGAUGAUAAAAAAGAAAUUGAGUCACUUCAUUCAUUGUUGAAGGAAGAAGAACAAAAAAGAAAAAAAUUAGAACAGGAAAUAAAUGAAAAAGAUGCAAGAAUCUCUAGCCUUGAAAAGGAAAUGUUUCUGUCCCAAGUUCACAAAUCAGGAGAUCAAGAAUCACCAGUAGAUCAAAAACUUCAUUCACUUCUGGAAGCUAGGAUCCUGAACUUGAAGGAAGAACUGAGUAAGAAAGAGACCCAGCUAGUUGGCCUGCAAAUGAAAGUGGACUCAGCAGAACAUCAACAAGCAGAAAGAGAUGCUUACAUGGCGGUUCUGAAGGAACAAACAGUCUCAAAGGAGAAGCAGAUAACAAUGUUACAGUCCGAUAUUGAAGGCUUACAAGAAAGACUCAAGGUUAAAGAUGGCACCAUUGAACGUAAGAACAAAGAAACUUCAGCCAGUCAGUUGGAGAAGCGAAAACUGGAGCUGGAGAUAAUGGAGCUGAAGGAUCAGUUGGAAAUCAAAGCCAGUAGAGUUAGCAUGCUGCAGAGAAAGAUUGAGGGCUUGGAGGACACUAUAAGAGAAAAAGAAGAUCAGCUGUCUCAAGCUCGUGUUCGACUGACUUCUACAUUUACAGAAUCUCCCACUUCAAAUACAGAGGAGGAUCUUGUAGAGAAAGAUAAACAAAUAGAAAGACUUAAAGAACAAAGGGAACAGAUGGAGAAAGAGCAUCAUGAAGAACUGGAUGUUUAUGUUAAAAAAGUUCAUGAUAUGAAGUUGACCAUAGAAACAUUACAAAAAGAACUUACAGCUAAACAAACAGAGAUUUGUGAACUAAGAGAACAGCAAGCUGAACUGCGAUCUGCAAAGUUUGAGCAAGACAGUAAAGUUCGUCGUUUAGAGUGUGACCUUCAAGAAAAGUUGACAGACUAUCAGAGAAUUACGUUAGAGCUUGAAGAAUGGAAAGAGAAAGUAUUGUUAUUUGAAAAGGAGAAAUCUGAAAUGUUGAAGAAAAAGGAAGAAGGUCAACCAGCUAAUUUAAAUAAGCAAGAAUGUAAACAACUGCAGGCUGAGAUAGAUAAACUGCAGGAGAUGUUGAAAGAAGCUGAAUCAGAGAGGACUGAAAAAGAUAAUGAAAUUAAGGAAUUGCAAGAAAUUGUGAAAGAAUACAAACAGAAGAUGGGUACUUUAAAAAGAAAUCAACAAACUGAAAAAAAGAAAAAUGCUCAGCUUCUGGAAGAAGCAAGAAAAAGAGAGGACUCUAUGACUGACGAUGCCUCACAUUUGUCUACUGUGAUAAAGAAGAGCACUGACAGAGUUGAGGAGUUGGAGGAAGCACUUAGACAGAGUGUUAUCAUUACAGCAGAGAGAGAAAUGGCAAUGGCUGAUCUACAAGCUCAGUUGGAAGAUUCUAAAAUAGCUAUGAAGGACAUGAACCUGGAAAUAGAACACUUACAACAGAUAUCUCAAGACUAUGAACACAAGCUUGAAGUUUUAUUAAAGGAAGUUGCUGAAAAAGAUAUGACAUUAAGUGAACUGACAUUAGAGAGGAAGAAACAUUUGCAGGAAGUUUAUGAAAUGAAACAAGAGGCUCUUCAGGCUGCAAUCAGUGAAAAAGACUCCACUUUAGCUGUAUUAGAAAUGACAAGUACCAAAAAUCAGAAAAACAUGGAAGAAAUAGAUAAACUAAUUCAAGACAAACACAAGUUGCAGGCCCAGCUCCGAGAAGUUACUGCAAAACAUAUGAAAUUGUUAAGUGACCCUAAGCAUAAUUGUAAAACAGAAGAAAACAAUGAACUGCCUUUUAUGUGUACCUCAAGUUCUCCCAUGGAGAAAAGUAAAUCUGGCAAUAGCCUAUUAAAUUUCCAAUCCAAAGACUCACCACAGGAGGAGAAGACACCCUUAGCACCUAACGAAGUCCCAACUGUAAUAUUAACACAAUCCCCUGAUGACGUGUCCUAGCUGUAGCAGGAGUUAGGCUUUGUAUAGACAGAAAUUAUUUCUCAACAGCAUAAUCUCAAGUGUUCAGCUGUGCGUGUGACUUGUUCAGUAGGCCAUUUACUGUGCGUGCAAUUAUUUUAUUUACUUGUUAGUAAGAAAAAAAAACUUUUUUUUUUUACAUUAAGUAAAUUAGAGUGUGAAAUUGUCAGAUACUAGAUACUCACUUAAGUGAACUGUUUCAGUAGUUUUAGAUGCAGAUCACUAUUAUUACUGUGAUAUUUACAUUUGUGGCAUUUGAUCUGCAUGUGGUCUUUUUUAAAUGGUGCAACAAAUUUUAAUCAAACCCAGUAAAACUUACAUUUUUUUUUAUUUUGAAAACAGUUACUGGUGUACAAACUUAUUUAGUUUGACAGAGCUGUGUGUAAAUGUGUAUAUAGAGUUCAGACAUUUAAAACGUUAUGUCUCAACUGUUUCUACCAGGCAGGGAUAUCAUGAGAUUAAGAGGAAUAUUUUUAUUUUAUUUUCAACAAAUGUGCCUGAUUGUAAGACCCUCUUAAAUAAUUCUACAUUAAAGCCUUCAAAUGUUUAGUUUAAAGCUACUCCCACUUGUCUCAACGAUUAGAGAACAGUAUCAUUAUGUCAGUUUAGUUCCCUAUAGUCACCUUAUCAUUUAUGUUAUUUCUUUCGAGUUAAUUCAAGAUGUUUAACAUUAACACUUUAAAAAUAUAUUUUAAGCCUUCAAGUCCUCUAAAUGUGGUUCAUGAGUUGUUCUUAAUUAGCAUUUUAAUUUAAUAGCUACUUUAGUAAUAGAAUGUGGUAUUUACAGUAGAAAACUUAAGAAGAAGAUAAACUUUGCUUAUCUUUUUAGUGAAAUUUGUAUGCCUUUAUCUUUUUUUGGGGGGUCUCUAAAAAUUGUGAUAAUUAGUACGAAUUAUGCACUUUAUAAGGCUAACCUAGGAAAUGGAGUGUUUAUGAAGGUUUUUGUUCUUAAGGUGCUGAAAGUAUAUAUUUUUGGAAACUAUACCUAUUAAUUUUUUUUGGUAUAAUAAAACAAAAACAGAUCUACCUCUCUUAACACAACUUUUUUUUAGAAAUAGAUUUUAGGUUAAAUGUAGUUAAAACAAAUUUAUGAAACCAAUACAAAUAAAGAAAACCAGAACCAGCUUGGUCAAGUUUUGUGGAUGUCUGUGUUGCGAUACAAUACAGCCUCAAUUUGUAAACAUAUGAAGUUUAAAAAAAAAGGAAAUUGUUUAUCACAUUACAUGGAUGAGCUGGCACUUCUGAAUGUAGUCCUUGACUGAUAGCUGUUUGACAUAAUGAGCUUUGACUUGUUUUCUGUAUGAAAAGUAGUUUAGCCUGCAUUUUUUUUUAUAUUAGUAUUACUUAUUAUGAAGGCAUGGAAUGAUACUUUAUUUAAUCUAUAUUUAUUCCUAUAAUGAUCAUUUACUUUUUUUUUUUUUUUUUUUUACACAUAUUCAUUUUACAUUAAACAUUAAUUUGUUUGGUCACAAUUCAAUCAACCAAAAAAAAAAUGGUCACAUUUUAAACGUACACUCAUAAUUGAUCAAAUGUUCUGUCUUGUGCCAUCAAUUCAGGUGCUAUGUGUUGCUUAAAGCAACCCCCCCAGCACAUUUAUAAGCUGCCACCAGACCUUGUUAAGUCUUAACACAAUAAUCAUCACCUUUUUCCCAUGCUGCAACUGUCUGCGGAAGCCAUGAUCUUGUGAAAGUCUGGAUGGUCUAUAGCUGUUUUUCUAUUCUGUUGUGUGCACUUCUUGCACCUGGUGUUGUGAACUACUUUGCUUUGCAUAGUUGUAAUGUGCUACCUGAGUGCAAUUCUAGUCCAUCAGGUUUUUUUUUGUAAGCCUGGACCCAAGUUCCAGUUUUGAAAAUCGAAAUAUUUUCCAUUAUCUUUGAGAUUGUGUGAAUCUCAGCUCUUCGUUAUAGGUUGAAAUGCUUAAAGCCUAACAUUGCCAUCAAUGAUUCUUUGAGUUGAAGUUUUCAAUUAUAAAUCUUGACCCUUCAACCCAUUUCUUACGUGUAGCAUAUCAAAAUAUUACAUGGCUAUAAUUUCAUUAAGUAGUAAAUGUAAACACGUUUUUUCUGAUAUUUUGGCAUAAAAUUAAAUUUUAGUUUACUAGGUAUUUAUUUACAUUCUUUUCAAGAAAAUUACAUUUACCUUAUUCCACGUACCGGUAUUGAUUUAUUAGAAUAUGUUUGUUGUGAUGAAUGACAAAAAAAUAUUUUUAGCUUGUAUUCCAACACAAGAUACCAAAAAGUAUUAGUUUUUAGUGACCAGGAUGGUGUACUGGUACUUAAUGAAACUAUCAUUCAAAGAUGUGUAUCACAAUAAAGCUGCUGGCACAAAAAAUUUAGAUUGGUGCAAUAAAGGUCACUUACUUGUAAAACUGCUGAAAUACUGAAAAUUUGUUCUAGGUGCCAGUUAUUGUCAGGAAGAGAAGGGGAUAGAAGUGUGAAUAGAAUUUGGAGAAAUGAGGUCAAUUUUCUUUGCCACGUUCUGCUCUGAUUGACAAUUAAUAAUUCAAAAGUUUU